AUGCCGCAGAUACGCCUACCGCGCAGUCCAGGUCCAGCCAGCCCCUUGCUCGGCGCAGACCAGGACGCGUUCGACUUCCCCCGACCGCGCAGACGCUGCUCGCGCUCGCUCGUCGUCCUCGCCCCUCUCGCCCUCGCAGCGACCGUGGCACUCGCGCACUCGACGGGGAGACUGCCAGACUCGGUGCAGGCGUAUGCUGAACGGAUACCGGACUUGCGCAUCUGGCGCGUGCAGGGAGGCGAGCCUGAGAAGGUCGUCGAGGAGGAGGUCGUUGGACAGGACGAGGUGCUCGAGCCAGAAGUGCGCGUCGAGGAGGAGGAGCAGGAAGAGCCUCUGCCGCGGAUACGGUGGAGCAAGGAGGACAAGAAACUGCGGAGGUACACCUGGACGACGCCAAAGGUCCACAGCAGCUUGAGCAGGAUGCUGGAGGAGCUGUCGCCCUCGCAAAAUCAGACCCGCGAAUGGCUGUUGCGCAGCCGGACGAACACGACGGGCGGAACUGGCGUCGGGUUGGGUGCAGACGACCCGCCUCGACGGAUACGACCUGCUCCUGCGUUGACUGCACAUUCGUACGCGCCGAACGAGUCGGAAGGACCGGGCCUGUUUGGGAACGGCUCGUAUGAGAAAUACGAGGACCUGCUGCAGGAAUGGCGAACGGGUCGGCCGGGCGAAGUGUGUGAGAAGGGCUUGUGGGAGGACGAGUACGCCGAGAUGCACGCCGCCAUGCUCAACCGGUCGCGGAAGGCGAGCUUGCUCGAGUACGUCUGUCGGCAGGGCGAGUAUUGCGGAGGAUUUGCGGAUCGGAUCCUCGGCAUGACAAGCUCAUUCCUCUACUCGAUCCUGACAAAGCGCGCCUUUUCCAUCACUUGGGAGCAACCCGCUCCCGUCGACCUCUUCUUCGACUCGCCCUACAUCGACUGGUCCCGCCCCUUCAACAAGACUUCCAGCACGCCCGUCCACCCCGUCUACAAGGACCGCAAGCUCUUGAAGAACCGGACGGAGGUCAACGCGCAUAACUGGGAGCCGCCGCAGGUCGACGAGUUUAUGCCGACGUUUGUUGACCAGUUCGGCGGGAACAAGAACACGUCGUGGUUGCAGCUCGACUUCAACCGCGGCGUCAUCAUCCGCUCCUUCUCGUACCCCAAAAUCGGCGAAACCAUGUCCUCGCUCGGGUUCAAGAUGACCACCGCCUACUCGUGCCUCAUCAACUACCUUCUCCGCCCGAAACCCGCCGUCCUCGCUUUCAUCGCGCAGUACACCUCGUUCUUCGCGCUGCCUGAGAACUACGUGAUCGGGAUCCAGAUCAGGACGGGUGACUUGUCGAUGUGGGCCGACUACAAAGACGCCGUCAACUCCGUCCACAAGUACCAACAAUACUUCACGUGCGCCGACUCGGUCGCGCGAACCUACGCUCACCCGUCCCAAAAAAUCGUCUACUACUUGAUCACCGACAGCCACAAGCUCGAGCGAGACGUUCUCCGCCGCUACGGCGAUCGAGUCGUCGUGACGGGGUUGAAGCAGGCGCAUGUCGAGAUCAAGACGGAUAGGUCGGAUGGGUUGCAGGCUAUCAAGAAGGUUGCGGAUGGGUUUAUGCGCACCGUCGCCGAGAGCUGGAUCUUUGCGGGAACCGACUUCCAGAUCCUCACCCAACGCAGCGGGUUCGGCAAGAUCCCGACCUGGCUCCGCGGCAAAGAAGGCACGACAAUUGCGCUGUUCAACGAAGGAACCGACCCGGAGUUCACGGCGCAGUACAAGGCCGCGAACGAGGGUCGGUUGCCUCCGCCUAUCGACUGCUCGAAACCCGAGGCGCUCGUCACGUUCAAGCAGAUGGCGCAGGACUGGUCGCUCGGCUAG